AUGACCAACGGUGGCAAAACCACGCUGACCAACAACCUUCUCAAGUCGCUCCCCAACUGCUGUGUAAUCCACCAGGAUGACUUCUACAAGCCCCAAGACCAAAUAGCAGUUGGGGAGGACGGCUUCAAACAGUGGGACGUGCUCGAGUCCCUGGACAUGGAGGCCAUGCUGGGCACCGUGCAGGCCUGGCUGAGCAGCCCUCAGAAGUUUGCCCGUGCCCAUGGGGUCAGCGUCACACCAGACACCUCGGACACCCACAUCCUCCUUCUGGAAGGCUUUCUACUCUACAGCUACAAGCCCCUGGUGGACUUGUACAGCUGCCGGUACUUCCUGACCAUCCCAUAUGAAGAAUGCAAGAGGAGGAGAAGCACCCGCAGCUACGCGAUCCCUGAUCCCCCUGGCCUCUUUGAUGGCCACGUGUGGCCCAUGUACCAGAAGUAUAAACGGGAGAUGGAGGCAAACAGUGUGGAAGUGGUGUACCUGGAUGGCAUGAAGUCCCGCGAGGAUCUUUUCCAUCAAGUCCUGGAAGACAUUCAGAACUUGCUCCUGAACCGCUCCCAGGCGUCAGCCCCCUCACCUGCCAGGCCGUAGGGACCCGGGCACAAUUCCAGCCAUAGGACGGCCAGGCCUGUGGUGUCCCAGCUGGACACUGUGUGACCGUUUCCCUUUAGGGAAGUCUGUACAUACAAGAGUGGACACCCCAUUCACAGCUCACAAUCUUGGGGCUCCAGGAUGCAGCCCUGAAACGCCUAUUAAACCCGGUCCUGUUUUUUUAGCA